AUGGACAACCCCACCCCCAGCCUCCUUAUCCCUCCCCCAGGACUUCCCAUUCAUUACUCUGCUAUUUCAUAACCCAAGGUGUGUGGGGGGGAACGCAGCCUUGGGCCUUACAAAGCGGGGUUUUCGCAGCAAUCAUGCCCCCCUGUUUGUUAACCCCCCCCAUUUGUUAAGCCCCCAAACAAGCAUUUCUCCCCCACCCCACACCUGUGUUUUAUUUUAAUUGCAAUGAUAUUUAUUAAAUGAUUGUCUCGUGACUGUCAUGUUUGUGAUGGGCGACUUAUCAGCCGUGUGUGUGUGGGGGGUGUUUCAUUUGAACUUGGAGGGGGGGGGAAGUUGUUCGCUGUGGGGCAGGCCAUGGGGUACAACCCACCUGCCACCACUGAGAUGGACGGGAGCUAACUCACCCCAACUCACACAGCGAUCGGGGAAUAGACCCCAGGAGAGACACCCCCAGGAGCGUGGAACCUGAGGGUAGAGAUUUAAAGGCCAGAGGGGACAAUGACGGUUGCCCAGGCUGCCCUCCCCUGCAGAACACCGGGGCUGAGGGGACGGCCGGGUCCCGGAGGGGAUCCGCCCCUCCCGAUGCUUCCUGGAGCCGAAGGUUCAAAUCCCGGCUGGGGCUGGGGCCGUUGGCUGGCUGUGGAAGGGGGUGGGGCGGUGUCCGUGUCUGUCUGUCUGUCUGUCUGUCUCUAGCCCACCCGGGAGGCGAUGCCGGCGGCUUUGAUGACUGUUCUUUUCUCUUCAGUGUCAUUUGUUUUAUCCAGGAUGGCGGCAUGCGGGGGCGCCACUAAAAAUAAGCUCACGGUCUCUAAGCCCGUCUGGGACUUCCUGACCAAAGAGGCCCCCUCCAAGCUGGUCAAACUGAAGGAGGAGACCAAGCUAAGCAUUCUGAUCGACGGGGAGACCUCCGAGAUCUACGUGCUGCAGCUCUCCACGCCGGCCCCCGGGGCCGGCAACGGCCUCUACCUGGCCCGCAAAGCCCUCAAGGCCCUGCUCAAGGAGACGGAGAAGGAGCUGAAGAAGGCGCAGCGGCAGAGCGAGCUGGUGGGGUGCAUGGCCCUGCUGGACAAACCCGGGGGCGAGCUGCGCCCGCACGGGGCCGGCAUGGUCUCCCGGGGUCAGCAGACCACCGGGGCCAGGGCGGGGGGCACAGGAGGAGGUGGGGGGCGUGGGGGGGGGCGGGCGGGCGGCUCGCGGGAGGAGGAGCAGGAGAGCCAGUGCCCCAUCUGCCUGGGCGAGAUCCAGAACGUAAAGACGCUGGAGAAGUGCCGGCACUCCUUCUGCGAGGACUGCAUCACGCGGGCGCUGCAGGUCAAGCGGGCCUGCCCCAUGUGCGGGCGCUUCUACGGGCAGCUGGUGGGCAACCAGCCCGAGAACGGGCGCAUGCUGGUGUCCAAGGACUCGGGCCUGCUGCUCCCCGGCUACGAGAAAUACGGCACCAUCAUCAUCCAGUAUGUCUUCCCGCCUGGCGUCCAAGGGGUGGAGCAUCCCAACCCUGGCGUGCGGUACCCGGGCACCACGCGGGUGGCCUACCUGCCCGACUGCCCGGAGGGGAACAAGGUGCUGGCGCUGUUCCGCAAGGCCUUCGACCAGCGCCUGACCUUCACCAUCGGCACCUCCAUGACCACGGGCAGAGCCAACGUCAUCACGUGGAACGACAUCCACCACAAAACCAACUGCACCGGGGGACCCCAGCUAUUCGGGUACCCCGACCCCACGUACCUCGCCAGGGUGCAGGAGGAGCUCCGAGCCAAAGGCCUCACUGACGAUUAACCCUUUCUCUGCUGCGGCUCCUGCUGUGGUGCCAGGGGGCGACCCAGGGGGGCGGCAGGAUGGCCCCACAGCGUCUCCUGUCCAGCUGGGCUCGGGGCGGCCAGGCGGCCGUCAAGGCAAGGUGCUUCGCUGGCUCCACCCUGGAUUGCGGCUGAGGGGCCCGCGCUGUCUGUGCCAGAGCCUCCCCCAACUGCCAGUGCUACCUGGAAGGGUGGGGGGGAGGGGAGUGUGUGAUGGGGGGGGUGUAUGGAGAGGGUAGCGUGAGAUAAAUGUGUGUUUGAGUGAGAGAUCGGGG